GGGAAAGUGUGAACAAAGACAAGUCGCUCGCUCCAUGCACUUAUCAGCGAGCACAAUGAGCGCUCUUCAGACUCAUCCGGCAUGGCAGAUCUUGCUCGACAAGAAGACGAAUAAGCCCUACUACUUCAAUCGUUCCGCCAAUAUCAACACAUACACGGUGCCCGAUGAUCUCUUGACUCCGGCGCAGAAAGCUACUGGUUGGGCGCAGACGACGGCCGACGGAGGCAGGCUUUACUUCUUCCGCAAGGACGACAAGACAAAGACAUCAUGGACUCCUCCGCCAGGCUGGGACACUCCCGCCGCGCCAGCACCAGAAGCUCCGCAAUUUGUGUCAUCCAGCUUCCAGGCCCACCCUCCUGCCCGCGAACAAAGAGGCCCCAGAGAGAGCCGACCCUUCCACGACCGCCGCGAAGAGGCCAACUACCGAGGUCCCAUCGCUGUCGCUGCCACCGGCCCCGAAUAUGCCUCCCGUGAAGAAGCCGAGGCAGCCUUUACCAAGCUGCUGAGGAAGUCGGGCGUCCAGCCUGGCUGGUCUUGGGAACGCGCAAUGCGCGCUACCAUCCAGGACCCUCAGUACCGCGCAAUCAAGGAGCCCAGCGAGAGAAAGGCAGCAUUUGAGAAAUACCUGCAUGACGUCGUGCGCGAAGACCAAGAGCGCGAAAAGGAGCGCAUCAAGAAGCUGCGCUCAGACUUCCGCUCCAUGCUGCAAACACACCCCGAGAUUAUGCACUACACGCGCUGGAAGACUGCUCGUCCCAUGCUCGAGAACGAAGCCAUCUUCCGCGCUACCGACAACGAGGACGAGAAGCGCCGCAUGUUCGACGAAUAUCUCGUGCAUCUGAGAAAGGCCGCCGAAGACAAGCGUCAGCGCGACUACGAUGCCGCCAUGACAGGCGUCGCCGACAUCCUGCAGAAUCUCGACCUCAAUGCCAAAUCACAAUGGAUGGAAACACGUGAGCGUCUGCACUCACACCCAAACUUCCAGGAAGACCCCAAGUAUAAGAUUCUGUCGCCUUCCGAGCCCCUCCAGAUUUUCGAUCGUUACAUGCGUAGACUGUGGAACGAUGCUCACAAUGAGAAGCAGCGUGCCGCCCAGCUGAGGGCUCGUGAACAGCGAAAGGCUAGAGAGGGCUUCGCCGCACUGUUGGCCGAACUCCGAGAAGCAGAGACGAUUAAGCCUGGCACUAUGUGGAAAGAGGUCCACCCCUUGAUUGAGAACGAGCCUCGCUACAUCAAGUUGAUGGACAAUCUAGGCCACAAGGACCGCAUCACUGACGGCUCCAGCCCCCAGGACAUUUUCUUCGACUUCCUGGACGACUUUGACAAAGAAGUACACGACAUCCGCCCUGCCGUCGAAGCUACCUUGAAAGAGGAGCACUUCCGUUUCGUACCCUCAACUACUCUCGAAGACUUCCAACACGCCAUCAGACACGACCGUCGUAUCUCAUCCAUGAACCCUCACCUGCUUGAGGAGGUAUACAAGAGACUGCACAGAAACGCUCUCGACAGAGAGGAGGACAUCGAGCGAGACGCCAAACGACAACAGCGCAAAGCCGUUGAUGCACUGCGUUCUCGCAUCAAGCAUCUGGAACCUCCGGUGCUGAUUGGCGACACAUGGGAGCAGGUGCGUCCGCGUGUCGAACGUAGCGAAGAAUACAAGGCUGUGACGAGCGACGAGGACCGCCAACUCGCCUAUGACAAAUUCAUGAACAGACUCAAGGAAGACGCCGCCGAGCGAGAGCGCUUGCGCCGCCACGAUAGAGAACGUGAAAGAGACCGUGACAGACGCCGAGACCGCGACCGCCGUCGUAGUCGCUCCCCUCCUUCCCGCGAGGUCGAUGCCUACGAGGCCGACCGCCGCCGCGCUGCCUCCGAACGUGAGCGUCAGUACCGCCACUCGAGCAUCAGCGGGCUUUCUCCACCACCUCGCGAACGUCCAAGAGCCCGUGACGACCGCUAUGAGAGGGAUGUCGGUGAUCCGAGAAGAGAAAGACAAGUCAGUCUGUCCAUCUACGAUCGCGAGAGAAGAGAACGCGAGGCCGAACGUGAGAGGUCGUACAUUAGUCGUGCCGACCCGCGCACCAAAGCCAGCGAACUCGACUAUGGCGAUGGUGGUGACAGCCCAAAGCCCGAGAGCACUUCGGGUGGCAAUGGCAGCAACAAGAGAUCAGCAGCUAGCCAUAAUGGAGAUGGCGAUGCGAAGAGACAAGCGAAACGCCCUCGUGUCGGUGAGCAUUCAUCCCGCAACGGUGGUUCUGUUACUCCCGCUCCCUCGGCCGCAGAAAACGACGAGCCCGCACUGCAAUCUGGCAGUGAAGAGGGCGAGAUUGAAGAGGUCUAGACAGACGUGUGAAACAUUACUCGGCAUUGGAAACAGGCAACUCAAGCGGUACGUUCUUCUUUCUCAAAGGAUGACACUAGUUAUCGAGGCAGAUUCCUGUCAAAACCCACCAUCUAUUACCUUUAUUCCUCCCACCACAGGUGCGUUUCGUGCAACACUGCUUUACUUCCACCCUAACAAAUAGUCUCAUGUAUUGAAGAAAUGAAAUCAAAGUGAAAAGAUAUAAAGACUUUUUGGCAUUACUUGUUUCUACUUUUGCUCUCUCGUGUCCGCAACUUUGGUUCAUCAAAAUGUUCAUGUAUUUUGCAAUGGCGCUCCAUGGUUCCCUUGUGCCUACACCAUGUUGUGCUCAAGCCACAUUAACGUGGUUUGAAGAAGGUCUGCCCAAGAUGUUGUGGAGCUCCGACUAGACGUGAGCGAUCAACCAGAUUGCCUUACUCUGCCUGUGAGGGCCUUCGUCCUCAUCCUGAUCGCCCACUGCCGCGUCUCUUAUCUCUUC